CUGACCCAGACCUGCACCGGCCACAGGGGUGCACGGGCCCCUGGGAGUCAGGCGGGGGCGGCUGGAGGAGGGUGCGGGGCAGGGGACAGGAGGGAGGGGUCUUGGGGCACACGCUGGGGAGACCCCUCCCCCACCGCAGCGCCCUGCCUUUGCACUGGCGGCAGGACCCGGCUCCCUGACCUUUGCCUCUGACCUUUGCCUUCUGGCCACCCCCUGCACUGACACAGAAAGGCCGCUCGGUCUGGGGGCAGGGCCUCCGGCGCGUGCCCCUGCUGCCCCGACGCCCCCCAGGCCCAGGCGCCCGCGAGCCCACGAGGACCCUGUGUUCCAUCUGCGCAGCCCCAGCCAGAUGUGGGGGGCAGCCGCCCAGAGGCAUGACCCCCACCCGGCCUCGCCGAGGCCCCCCCCUCCUGCUGCUGCUGCUGCUGCUGCUGCUGGCCUGCCAGCCGCAGGCCCCGUCCGCACAGGUGAUGGACUUCCUGCUGGAGAAGUGGAAGCUGUAUGGGGACCAGUGUCUCCACAACCUGAGCCUGCUGCCGCCCCCCACGGAGCUGGUCUGUAACCGAACCUUCGACAAGUACUCCUGCUGGCCCGACACGCCCCCCAACACCACGGCCAGCAUCCCCUGCCCCUGGUACCUGCCCUGGCACCACAAAGUCCAGCACGGCUUCGUCUACAAGACCUGCGGGCCCGACGGGCAGUGGGUGCGCGGGCCCCGGGGGCAGCCAUGGAGGAACGCCUCCCAGUGCCAGAUGGACGAGGAAGAGGUUAAGGUCCAGAGGGAGGAGGCCAAGCUGUACGGAGCCUUCCAGGCGAUGUACACCGUGGGCUACUGCCUCUCGCUGGGCGCGCUGCUGCUGGCCCUGGCCAUCCUGCUGGGCCUCAGGAGGCUGCACUGCACUCGCAACUACAUCCACGCGAACCUGUUCCUGUCCUUCGUGCUCAGGGCCAGCUCCGUGCUGGCCGUGGACGCGCUGCUCAGGACCCGCUACAGCCAGAACAUCGGCGACGACCUCAGCGUGAGCAGCUGGCUGAGCGGCGGGGCGCUGGCCGGCUGCCGGGUGGCCGCGGUGUUCAUGCAGUACGGAGUGGUCGCCAACUACUGCUGGCUGCUGGUGGAGGGCGUGUACCUGCACGGCCUGCUGGGCCUGGCUGCCGGCCCCGAGAGGAACUUCUUCGCCCUCUACCUGGGCGUCGGCUGGGGUGAGUGGGCCGCCGCCGCGGGGGGCCGGCCGGUCACAGCCCCGGAGCCACAGCUGCCGCCCCCCGCAGGCGCCCCCAUGCUGUUCGUGGUGCCCUGGGCCGUGAUCAAGUCCGUGUUCGAGAACGUCCAGUGCUGGACCAGCAACGACAACAUGGCCUUCUGGUGGAUCCUGCGCCUCCCCGUCUUCCUGGCCAUUUUGAUCAACUUCUUCAUCUUCAUCCGCAUCCUGCACAUCCUCGUGGCCAAGCUGCGCGCCCGCCAGAUGCGCCACACGGACUGCAAGUUCCGGCUGGCCAAGUCCACGCUGACCCUCAUCCCCCUGCUGGGCGUCCACGAGGUGGUGUUCGCCUUCGUGACGGACGAGCAGGCCCAGGGCGCCCUGCGCUUCGCCAAACUCUUCUUCGACCUCUUCCUCAGCUCCUUCCAGGGCCUGCUGGUGGCGGUCCUCUACUGCUUCCUCAACAAGGAGGUGCAGGCGGAGCUGCUGCGGAGCUGGCGCCGCUGGCGCGUGGGCAAGGCUCUUCGAGGGGAGACCCAGGGCGGUAGCCACCCGGCCUCGGCCCGGCCCACCAGCGGAGCCGCCACCGAGAAGCUGCUGCUCUCCCGGGGCCGGGCCGGCAGCGGGACCAGCCAGGGCCCCUCUGCGGGGCCCCUCGCAGCCGGCAGCCCCCCCGGGCUGGCCGACAGCCCCUUCUGAGGCCCUCGGAGCCCCAGCUGGGGCUGGACUCAGGAGCCGGAAGGGCAGCAACGAACAGUUCAGGCCUCAGCCCGCUCUCCCGGAGAGGCUGGGGGAGCUGGGGGGGUCCUGGGCGGCGGUCUGGGGGGCGGGGCC